AUGUCCGCAAAACCAGAGAAGCAGUUAGCUGAGCGAUUAGUCCAGCGUAAGAGACUUAUUGCGAUUCGCAAUGCGUUGGACACAUUUGUACGCGAAUAUAAGCACGAGCGCGAUGCUUGUGAGCUGAGUGUACGGUUGGAAUCCCUAGAUCGGUUGUAUGUCAAUUUCAUGGAGUGUCAGGAUAUCAUCGAAAAAUAUGACAAACCGGAGUCACUUGAUGAGCACAUUGAGGAACGAGUGGACUUCGAACAACGGUUCUGUAAAACGAAGGGGUUUCUUCUUGCAAAGCGCACAGGGGAUCUGAACGAAACUUUGAACAAUUCGUUGCAGGGUCCACAACAAUUCGCGUCAAAUUUUCAUCUCCGUCUACCACAAAUAGAUUUACCAAAAUUCAACGGUGACUUCUCUCGUUGGAUUUCAUUCCGGGACACAUUUUCGUCAAUGGUUCAUGCAAAUGCUGACAUUCCCACCGUUGCAAAAUUGCAGUAUCUUAUUCAAUCACUCGAAGGGGAUGCCAAGAAACCAUUUGAAUCGGUGGACAUCGAAGCCGACAACUACGCAGUUACAUGGGAUGCACUUCUAAAGAGGUACGACAAUUCACGGUUCCUAAAGAAGCAGCUCUUUCGCGCAUUAUACGACUUACCAGCAGUCAAGCAGGAGUGUGCGAAACGCAUUCACACUUUGGUCGACGAUUAUCAACGUCAUGUUCGCGCCCUAUCUAAACUGGGUGAACCCGUGAAUCAUUGGGACACGCCGCUCAUCAAUUUCGUACAAGCUGGACCAAGCAACGCUAAGAUCGUGGGAGGAGAAAACGAGUCAAAAGGAAAAUAUAGCCAUCAUUCAGCCUCAUUGAAGGUGGCCGGCAAUCAACAGAAGUACUUCAAGCAGAAAGUGUCUGCUAACACAGCAUCAACAUCAACUCCGAGUUACUCCUGUCCGCUUUCAUGUUCGGACAAUCAUUCGUUGCGUUCCUGUCCGAUAUUCCUGGGAAAGAACAUAAACCAGCGUCGAGAACUGGUCUCGCUGAAACGGUUAUGUUGGAACUGUCUCAGUUUGGGUCACCAGUCCAAGAAAUGUAAUUCGAAAUUCACUUGUCGUACAUGCCACGAGAAGCAUCAUUCGCUCUUGCACGAUCCUACUCCAUUAAGGGUUUCAUCCAAAUCAGCCAACCAAAUAAAUUCAUCUGUGUCAUCUACUAUGUCAUCGAAUUCCGCUGUCCCUACAGCAUCUCUGGUUCAACAGCCGCUUCCCUCUACGUCACAAAUCGUAGAAUCCUCUGGUUCCCGCCAAGUCAGCAUGGCAGUUCAAACUGCAUGCACCAUGACACUGUUGGAAACGGUUGUCCUCAAUAUCGUCGACGAUUAUGGCAAUAAACACAAAGCUCGAGUUCUCCUGGAUUCGGCAUCGAUGUCGAACUUCAUAUCGAAACCGCUGGCGAAGAAACUCUACAGUCGCCGAACUUCGGUGGACGUGUCUGUCGCAGGCAUCGGAUCGUCCACGAAGACAAUCAACAGUGCAAUUACUGCAACCAUCGAGUCAGAAGAUCAAGUAUGCUCGAUGAAACUACAAUUUCUGGUCCUGAAGCAGCCCUCAGUCGAGCUGCCAACUAUUCCGAUUGACAUUUCGGCAUGGAAGAUGCCGAAUGUGAUGCUAGCAGAUCCUUUAUUCAAUGUUCCUGGAAGUGUCGAUAUGGUCAUCGGCAGCGAAAGCUACUGGGAACUCCACACGGGUAGGAAGAUAUAUCUUGGCGAAAAUCUUCCUUGGGUAGUCGAAACAUCUUUUGGUUGGGCGGUCACUGGUCCCGCAUCUCGCACGGCUACCUGCAUUCCACGGUUCUGUUUUCUUUCCACGGCAGAUGAUCGACUAGAGGCUACAUUAAGAAAAUUCUGGGAAAUGGAAACAAUUCCAUCAGCUCCGGUUCAUUCCACCGAAGAAAGUCGUUGCGAAGAGCUGUAUGCUGCAACGACAACGCGCGAUUCGUCUGGGAGGUACAUCGUGCGUCUACCGAGAGUUGAAGAUCCUUCAGUCAUCCUUGGCGAAUCAAAAUCAAUCGCUGACAGACGCUUCCUGAGCCUGGAACGUCGACUCGAACGAGAUCCUGCAACCAAGGACUCAUAUCACCGUUUUAUGGAGGAGUAUUUGUUGCUUGGACAUAUGCAGAAGGUGAAAGAGCCUGUAAAUGAUCGUAUACAGCAUUGCUACAUUCCUCAUCACGUCGUAUUCAAGGAAUCCCGCACAUCCACUAAAAUCAGGGUAGUCUUCAACGCAUCAUGCAAGACUUCGUCAGGCUAUUCCUUGAAUGACACGCUGCUUGUUGGGCCUGUGGUUCAACAAGACCUAUAUUCGAUAUACCUAAGGUUCCGGACAAGAAUUGUCGCCAUCGUAGCAGAUGUCGAAAAAAUGUAUCGGCAAGUAUUGCAUCACUCUGCCGAUUUACCGUUCCUUCGCAUACGGUAUCGUAGGAAUCACACCGAUCCGAUUCUCACCUACGAGCUACAGACCGUCACCUACGGAACAGCAAGUGCUCCAUACUUGGCAACGAAGACACUUCAGCAGAUCGCGAAAGAUCACGAGCAUUUAUAUCCGACUGCUGUCGAAGCUGUUAUUGAAGAUUUCUACGUCGACGAUCUACUGUCAGGAGCAUCGAACGUAGAAUCUGCCAUCACCCUGCGGAAAGAAAUCACCACUAUGCUUAACUCCGCUGGAUUCACGCUCAAGAAGUGGGCAUCAAACGUCCAGGUGGUCCUAGAGGAUGUUCCACCGGAAGAUCGAGCCGUUCAGCCUCUCCACGAUUUGCAGAAUGAGCAGACAAUUUCCACACUCGGCCUGCUUUGGGAACCAAUCGCCGAUUCGCUUCGAUUCAAGGUCGAAUUGCCUCUCCCUGCUGCCAUUCUCACCAAGCGAAAAGUGAUGUCAUACAUCGCUCAAAUAUUCGACCCAUUGGGACUGUUGGGUCCAACGACAACCAAAGCGAAGCUUUUCAUGCAACGGUUGUGGACAUUGAAGCGCGAUGGUAUUACUUGUGAAUGGGACUCACCUCUAUCAGAGAAACUUCAAGCUGAGUGGAAGCUCUUCCACACUACUCUUCACGUUCUCGCCGAUAUCCGUAUUCCUCGGUUGGUGCUGGCUUCUGGAGUCAGCAAUAUUCAGCUGCAUUUCUUUGCCGAUGCUUCGACAAUACUGUGCUUCAGUGGUUACGUUCAUCUCCAACUCGUUGGAAGACAUUCGUUGCUAACCGAGUGUCAAAAAUCCAGACCACUACGGAUAUUCUUCACUGGAGACACAUCGCAGGCUAUGAGAACCCUGCCGAUGACGUCUCUCGGGGUCUUAACCCAACAGACAUUGUCCAUCGUUCCCGCUGGUGAUAUGGCCCGCCAUGGUUAUCGCAAACAUCUGAUCAGUGGCCCAAGACCAUAA